UUGCAAAAGAGGGAACACCUCACACCGCAGAGUUGGCAGUUCACACUCGCUGAGGAUCUUCUUCGGGAACUGGUUCUGGUCUGGUAUUUUGAAUUCACCGAUAACCAUGAAGGUUCUGUGGGCAGUAAUCUCCCUUGCAGUGUUUUUCAGCGGAGACUAUGUCAAAGGUGUCGUGAUAAACAAUGUGGACAUGACGAGAUGGGAUCCAUUUAAUUGUAACAGAGCGCGAUUGGGUUGUUUCAGUGCCGGAAUAUGUAAUCCUAAUGGAACAUGCACCUGCAACAUCGACCCAGAAGGAGGCUACGACUGUAAUUUACCCAGUAAUCCACAAUCGUGUACCAUUCCAAACACCUGCAAUGGAAAGGGGACAUGUUACAACCUAAAUGGUGUAGACACAUGUUAUUGCGAGCCAGGAUACGUUGGGGCGGACUGCGACAGAGCUCGAGGGUAUGUGGAGUGCUCCGACGGAAGUAUGUCCAUCGAAAUCUAUCCCCAAAGGCUGGGGUCUGUCUUCAGAGGAAGGCUUACUGUACAAGAAGUGGGUUCAAACACACCUCUGACAAAUGGAGCUUGUGUCGUGGAUGUGAGUGAGUCUGGAUGGAAUUCAGCAGCCAACCGCUUCCGUUCACCAUAUUCAACCGUAGACUCAGACAUAAACCCAUGCCGGAAUGGACUUCAUGUGACCACUACAGCGGAUGGUGUGGAGGCGUGCUAUAACAUCCGACUGUGGUAUAACCCUUUAGUCCAGACAUAUGUGGACGAGGUAUUCACAAUGUGCUGCAAUGAAAACACGAACAUCAACGACGGUCAAGCUACAGUUGGGAGCGGCAAUGAAAAUGAUCGCGGUGCGAAAAUCAAUGGAUCCAUCGAGAUUGUUAGUGGCACUCUGGUUCAUACAGGCAGUGGCAAUGUUGUGCAGACUGGUGAUACGCUCUCUGUUGGGGACCAGAUAUCCUUUGUUGUUGACAUUGUCGAGGCUUCAAGUCGGUACAGCGUUGUACGAGUGAACAAAUGCACGGCCAACCCAGGAAAUAUCGCCUUAGUAACGAACAGGUGCCGAGAUCCCGAUGCCUUGGGUUUGGUGACACAACUACGUCAAGAGGGUUCGGCCAUCUACGUUGACAUGAGGGCUUGGAACCCCCAAGGAAUCAACCAAAUUACGAUUGCAUGCGACACCGAAGCUUGUGUGGAUGAAAUUACGUGCGGUGCUGCGACACAGUGCCCUGGAGAUUCUUCAUUCAACUAUGGCAGAAGGAAACGUCAAGCCAACCAAACCUCUGCUGAUCGCGAAACCUUUACCAAAACAGCAACGUAUUCCAUUACAAUUCCAUUCAGCGUGAAGUCGUGCCCAGCCCAAGAGCCCUGCCCUGUCAGUGCUGAUGUGAAUAACGUCUUUAUACCAGUAGCUGUUGUCUUCGCCGUCCUUCUCGUCCUGACUUUCGGCAUAUCCAUCUUUUUGUGCUUUCGUCUUCGGCAAAGUGAUCGUUCUGCAACAUGUGAUCAUCCUCCCGCCUACACCAACCACGCCAUGACCAAGGCUUGAGUUACCGAAUGUUGCCAUUGGCCACAGCCUCAAACCGCAUAUUUAUUAAGUGACUCUUCUCUCGCUUGUGCGAAGAUCAAGGUAGAUAUAGAAAACGUUUCUUGAUGAUAAUUGCUGAUUUGCAAAACAGAGACUUUAUGUUCAAUUCAGAAGAAGCACAAUCACCUUUUCACAUUUUCACUAGAACUAUACACCAUCGUGAUAUAUUGUUAUACAUUUUCAAACAAAACAUGUGUGUAGUAUUCAAGGUGUAGGUUAAACUUGAUACUGUUCUUUUUUCAACAUACAACGUCUCUUGACUUCCCAGAAAACGCUUGUAGUUUUUAUGACAAAAUGUAUUUGUGCAUUGUUUUGUUGUUGUUAUUUAUGAGCUUUCACGAACUAUUUCUAAAGCGUGGUGCUAUUUGUAAUGGGCCAAGCGCGAUAAUCAAGCUAAAUUAUGUAACGACAUCUAAAGGGAGAUAAUGUGUGCCAUUUUUCGGUUGACUUGCUGAAACACUAUCGUCUCGGCUCUACAUGGUGGAGUAGCAUGUUCUUUUGAGGAUGACCCGAAUUUUUCUUAUAGUUCUGUUUUUUAGAUUAAAGCAGAUAAAUGUACGAGGGUCAGUUUUAAUUUAUAUAAUGAUAAAUAUGUUUGUGGGCUUUUGUUAAAUGAUCUUAUCGUUUCAUGUUCUGUUCUUUUUAAACAACAGUUACGGAAAUAACAACUUUUCAUUAACAGGAAGGAAUAAUUUCAUGGAGUUAAUCUAUAACAUUCAAAUAUUUAAAGUCAACUGUUGUUACACCACAUAUGUAAAUUAUCUGUUUGACAAUCGUAAAAAGAAUUCGUACAAUUGCUUUGACUAAAUUACAGAGAAUGGAAAGAGAACGUCCAGGUUAAUUUUGACCUUAUAUUAAAGUAUGCCCAGCUAUAUUCCAAAUAGAUGGCAAGUUUAUGUCAAGAUUUUCAGUCAAGAACAGGUUAGACCAUGACUGACAAGUUCUACACAAAUUAGCAUCGGGACAAGAGCGAGAUACAUUUACUUUUCUGUGUUUUCCGAGUUAAUUACGGGCUAACGUACUUAGCGCAAACGACCGUUUUCGAGGAACACAUUAUGAAAAUCAGUAUGUGGUAUUACAGAGAAUAAAACUUUCAUAGGUAAUACAGGGAUAUCAUGUCAACAGUUUGGUUGAGCCCGACGAAAAAAAUAA